AUGGAUGGUGGUCCACCGACACAGUGGACCAGCCCGACCCCGAGCGACCCCAGCCCCGCCAGCAGCACCACGGAGGAGCCGGUCAGCCCCACGGAGGAGCCGGUCAGCCCCACGGAGGAGCCGGUCAGCCCCACGGAGGGGCCGGUCAGCCCCACGGAGGAGCCGGUCAGCCCCACGGAGCCACUGCCCGUGUCCGGCCGCCUGCCUGUCCCUGUCCCCGGAGUGGACAGGUACUGCCCCUGCGAUGCUCUCGGGGAUGUGUGUGACAUUAACUGCUGCUGUGACAGAGACUGCAGCAGUGAGGACGUGUCUCUGUUCAGCAGCUGCUCGGUCCAGACCGUCAGCGGCAGCCGGCAGCUGUGCAGCCGAGACGUGGCGUCCUACUCCCUGAGGAGCACCGAGGAGGGAUACUCCGAGCUGCAGGCGUCCGUCCGACAGCAGAGCAGCAGUGACGCUCUGUGUGUCCAGUCGCAGAACCGCUUCGACGGGUUGUCCCACUCCUCGCCGGCUAUUCCCACCGACAGAAGCUUUGAGGGGCUCUUCCAGCAGUUCACCAGCUUCAUGUUUGGCUCAGAGAGCAGCGAUCAGGAGUCCCAGGCUUCCCCGGGAUACCAGCUGGGGGACGUGAUGCUGACAGCAGGCCAGAGUGGACAGACGGGUGUGUUUCUCCUGCCGGCUCCUGGUCUCACUGCUCACUGUGUGGACAGCAGUCCUGCAGCGUUCCUGAAGGACCAGAGCAGCGUCUGCUCCCGGCGGCUGGUCCUGGAUCAGGACUGCAGCUCUCUGCCUGCUCUCAGCAUGGACGCCUACACCAGCAUCCGGCUGCUGGCUGUUGUUCCUCUGGAGGUGUCGUCAGUCGUCCUGCGGUCUACAGACAACACCGAGACGGAGCUGAAGCUCAGCGCAGGACAGACCGUCAGGCCCUCUCUGACUGAGCCCACGCUCUGCGCUAAUGUGGUGCUGAAGCCCCCACAGACCCCCUGA